AUGAGGACCAAAGACGACCUGAUCGAGCAAUGUCGCAAGGAGAUUCUCAAGCGUGCUGCCAUGAUGACCGGGCUGGAGGCGCAGCCUGAGCCUAUUCAAUGGGAUGGUAUGAUAUCCCAGUCGGAAGAUUCGAAGGAAUCGACCGAGGAACAGCACAGUACUGCCGAGGACAGCAAGGCUGAUGAGGACGUUGAAGUCGAGGAGGAUAGUGAUUGGGAAAAUAUUUCCCCACGUGAGGUCAAGAAAUGUAAGGAUAAUGUUCUUUAUUUCUAUCUUGCUUUCUCGCCUCCUCGCAUACUUACCCACUACUACUAUCUCUAUCCAUUCCUUGCCCUCGCUCCGACGACUACUACGGCAAAUACGUCAAGGAGCGCCCUAUCGAGCAGGGCGAAUGGGCUCGACGUAAAUAAAGUACCCGUCCCGCAGCCCACGGCGGAGUGGUUUAAGCCGCCCCCUCCCGAGCCCAAGGGCAAGCGUGGUAGUACUACCGCUGCCGCUGCCGCUGCCGCUGCCGUUGGUACUGGUGCUGGUGCUGGCCGUAUCAAGGGCUGGGUAAACGGCAUUCUACGCCCGAAGAAGCCGGCCGAGAAGGAGAUCAGCGACGAGCCGUACGUCGAAAUCAACACCAGCGGCGAGUCUGACACCGACACCGACACCGACUACCAACAGCAACAGCAGCCUCAGCCGCUGCUGUCGUCGUCGUCUGGGCCCCCGGUCGGCGCGCAGGGACGCGCGGACGGCAAGGUUCGGGAUAGCUGGCGGGCGGGGGGGUAUUCCGAGCCAGCGGAAGCCGAAUUGUGCGGUCUUUGGUACGCCGAUGAGGACUUGAUUUGGAGGGUGGGUGGGUUUUGCUGGCUGGCUGGGAGUGUAUGAGGGAUGGGAUGCGUGUAGGUAUGUGUAUGUGGAUUUUGAUCUACUAUACAUAAUACAUACAUACGGAUUGGCAGACUGGUUGGCUAUAUACUACCUAUAAGCUUGGAGGGUCUAUCUAUCUACUAUCUAGGGACAGCAAGGAGUUAGUUGGUAACGGGCAUAGGUAUACCCCAGGUUUGAUUCUUCUGGGAACGGAGUUACUCGGAGUUAAGGCUGUUUAAUGUAUUAU